AUGUUAGAUGAAGCCAACUUAUUUCGUCCCAAUAUCAAAUUAGUGCGUCAAAUUGGCUCAAGCGUAUCAUUUUUCGAUGUUCAGAUCGAAAAUAAAAGUGGCACAUUGCUAACAUCAGUUCAUCACAAAGAAGCAGCAGAACCGUAUGUGAUAACAUUUACACCUAAUCAUCCAAAGCAUGUAUUCACGAAUGUCAGCUAUACGGCACUUUUACGAGCCAUUCGAUAUUCUUCAACAUUAUCAACAUUUGAAAGUGAACGAUGCUCCAUCAAAUUAAUGUUGUUGUAUAACGGGUAA